AAAAUGUCUUCUUCUUCUUCUGUUUCUCCUUCCUCUGCUUAAACCCCCAUUAAUUUAAUCCUCUCUCUCUCUCUGAAUAACGAACAAACAGAUCAGAGAGAAAAAAAAACGAGUGGUCCAAAAAAAAUAUGAUUCGUAUUCUCCAAAUCUCUCUCCUCUGUUUCUUCCUCGCCGCCGGGAUCUCGAUCUCCAUCUCCGAGAACGAGUCUAUAUACGAGAUCCUCCUGGAAAACAAGUUACCGUCGGGGAUAUUCCCUAAAGGCGUGACGGAAUUCAACUUCGACGGCGAAACGGGCAAGUUCUCUGUUUACUUGAAUCAGUCUUGCGAUGCUAAGUACGAGACAGAGCUUCGUUACGACACGAAUAUCACCGGGAAGAUAAGUUCUGCUCAAAUCAGUGAUUUGUCGGGAAUAUCGGCUCAAGAGCUGUUUCUUUGGUUUCCUGUUAAAGGAAUCAGAGUCGAUGUGCCGAGCUCGGGGCUUAUAUACUUCGAUGUUGGUGUUGUUCAGAAGCAGUACUCAUUGUCUGUGUUUGAAACGCCGAGAGAUUGCGUUGCGGUUCGUGGCGAAAAUGAGGUUGAAUCUUCUGUGUUGUCAUUGCAUCAAGUAGAUCAAACUCAUGGGAGAAAUGUUAUUUAGCCUGGAGAGUUUUUUUUUUAAAGAAAAUGUUGUUAUACUAUACCACCACAAAGAUAGACAGAUGUUCUCAUCAAAUUCUUGGAGAUACUUGUGUACUGUUCUUUUUUUUUUUGGUCUCAAAUCUUAAAGCAUGAUUCAAAUUCAAAAAUGCUUUAACUCUUUUCCCUCCUCAUUCCAGUUUUGUUUUCUGUAUUUGCAUUCUUAUAUUCCUGAGAGGAAGUUAGAUGGGAGAGAAACAAGAUCUGGGGUUUGUUUGGAAAAGAUGUUGAAGGAAUGGUCCAUAUUUGGUUCAAGUCAUUGAUGAUUUACAUUUGAUGUGAGGUGAUGAAAUGUUGUAGUAUUAUUUUUGGUGUCUAUUGUUUAAAGAGAUAUUAUCCUAUAUAUAGCCAAAUAAGUGUCAUGGAACAAUCAUUUCACCUUCACAUAAUAUCUGGCUGCUUUAUUUUUAGUAAAAUGAUCCCUAGAGACUAGAAUUCUUACAAUCCAAU